AAUGUGGACGGACUGGACCAUCUGUAAUGUCACUUGUGGAGUAGGAAUAAAAAUAAGAAGUCGAGAAUGCAGUUUACCUAAAUAUGGUGGAAAAAAUUGUAAAGGACCUGGAAUAGAUCAAAAAAUUUGCAAUAACUUUUCUUGCCCAGUCGAUGGACAAUGGACAAUAUGGUCUAAAUGGGGAAGCUGUAACACAACAUGCGGAAAUGGUUUACAACAACGCUUUCGAAAUUGCAGUACACCGAAAUUUGGAGGUAGGCCUUGUAAUGGAUCAGGCAUUGAAGCCAAAGAUUGCUUUUUAGGACCUUGUAUUGUUGAAGGAAAAUGGGGGGAUUGGUCAGGUUGGUCACUUUGUUCGGUGACAUGUGGUGGUGGAGUAAGAAGUAGAAGCCGUAAAUGUGUUGGUGAAAAAGCUGCAUUGCCUGUUGUUUGUGAUGGUAAAGACAGAAUUACGAAGAUUUGUCAUGAUAGAAUUUCUUGUGAUGAGCUUCAACCAACGUGUACGGAAUACAAAGAUUUGGGCUUAGAAGAUUCAGUUGCAGUUCAAAUAAGACCUUUAAUAUCUCCCUAUACAGAAUUUUGGGUGAAAUGCAAUCUAGAAGACAUGAAUGGGAUCGGAAUUACUGAAAUACCUCACAACCAAAUGAACGAAACAAUUGUACAAGGACAAGAAAACCCUGGACAAUAUGUUGCCGUACUAAAAUAUAACACUUCAAGCGUAGACUACACAAGGAAUAAUGACCAUAAAUUUUAUUGGUUUGGAGACGGUAGUAAAGAAGUUGGAUGCAAAUGUAUGGAAAACAAGUCAUGUGGUGAUAAAACUAAUCCUGAACAUCUACAAUUAAAAUGUAACUGUGAUGCAAAUGAUGUAGUUUAUAGGGAAGACAGUGGAUUUAUCGAACAGAAAGAUGAUUUGCCAAUUACACGUUUCAGAGCAGGAGAUACAGGUAUUCAGAAAGCUGAUGUUUCAAAUUCAAGAACAAGAAGCUGUGUCAAGUUUCAAAACAAUCAAUCUAUUUCAUUGUGUUUGAUUCCUGAUAAGAGGAUUGAAAAAAGGACGUGCUUUUUACGUAACUGUCCUUCCUUUUCUUCUUGGACCGAAUGGACUACUUGCUCCUCUAAACUAUAUUGUGGUUAUGGUUUUCAAGUAUCCGAGAGAUUUUGUGGAGGAAUCAGCGAUUUUAAGGAAGUGUAUGAUAACCCAGGUUGUUUUGGUCUAAAACAACGAACUAAACGCUGUGAGCAAGGAGAUUGCAAAGCCCCGGUGAAAUUAGUAUCAUCCGAAUUCGGUAGUGGAAUUAUCGAACUAUAUAACACAUUUACCAAACAGUGGUUAGAUAUUUGUUAUAAAGAAUUUGAUUUAAAGGAAGCCUCUCUAUUAUGUAAAUACAUGGGAUAUAACGAAUCUGAAAAAGUUUCCAUAUUGGAUGUUAAAACGGAAAACGGUUUAAAGAAUAUUUUUUGUACUGGCAAAGAAAGAUUUUUGCCAAAAUGUACCCAUUCGGAUUGGUCUAAAAAAGUAGCCUGCUCUUCACUUGCGAAAAUACAAUGUGUGGUUGAUGGUGGGUGGUCUAAUUGGCAACCGUGGCAGGAUUGUUCAGUAACUUGUGCUAACGGUACAAGAAAAAGAUAUCGAGCAUGCUCUUAUCCAAAGCCUAAGAAUAAUGGAAAAACGUGUGCAGGGCCUAAAGAAGAAACGAUUUUUUGUGAAAAGGCAGCAUGCCCCAUUGAUGGAACUUGGCAAACUUGGUCGUCGUGGAGUGUCUGUGAUCAGUCUUGUGCGUCUGGCAAAAGUAGCAGGACACGAAUUUGUAGAAAGCCGAUGAACGGCGGUGUUAUAUGCAACGGAAGUUCAAAAGAAACAAAACAGUGUAAUAUUCAUCCUUGUCCAGUAAAUGGUUAUUUCAAAGAUUGGUCAAAUUGGUCAAACUGUACCCGUACAUGCAACGGUGGAAGUCAAAAAAGAACAAGAGAAUGUGUUCCUCCGAAGCAUAAGGGAGAGAAAUGCAUCGGAGAUGACACAGCAAUAAGAAACUGUUCUUAUAACCCAUGUCCCGUUGACGGAUACUUCAACACUUGGAGUAUUUGGUCAACUUGUAAUUUAAGCUGCGGCGGGGGUGAACGAAAACGAGGAAGAACUUGCGUUCAGCCAUUACAUGGAGGAAAAAACUGCACUGGUCUAUCUGAAGAAUAUCAAAUAUGCAACGAUAAGAAUUGCCCAGUUGAAGGAGAAUGGAAACCUUGGUCUUCUUGGACAACAUGUUCUGUUUCUUGUUCUAAUGGGACCCAAAUCAGAAAACGUAUCUGUUUAUAUGGAAAAUUUGGUGGAAAUAAUUGUACAGGAACUGAUAAAGAAGAAAGAACUUGUCAUUUAAGACAUUGCCCUGUUGAUGGGUUUUGGGAGAAAUGGUCAAUGUGGACAAUAUGUAGCCAAUCUUGUGGCAAUGGUUCUACUCGAAGAUAUAGAGUUUGUCAUGAGCCUCUUUUUGGAGGUAUAAAUUGCAGUGGAACAAACAUGGAAACAGAGAUGUGUUUCCUUCGAGAAUGCCCAGUUAAUGGUGUUUGGUCAGAAUGGAAUUUUUGGUCCACCUGUAACGUUACUUGUGGAAAUGGCGUAAGAGAACGUUCAAGAUAUUGUAAAAAACCAAAAUAUGGAGGAUUUAACUGUUCUGGUGAUAGUUGGACAUUUGAAAACUGUAAUAAUUUUCCAUGUCCCGUAAAUGGUACAUUUUCGGAGUGGGCUAGAUGGAGUCUAUGUAAUGUUUCAUGCGGAGGUGGGAGUAGAACGAGGGAAAGAAUAUGUCUUAAACCAAAACACGGAGGAAUGAAUUGUACCGGUGAGAAGAUAGAAAUAGAAUCUUGCAAUUUUGCUAAAUGUUCAAUUGACGGAACAUUAACUGAAUGGAGUAAUUGGUCUUCAUGCAGUAAAACUUGUGGUACAGGAACCAGUAAACGCCUAAGACAAUGUAUUGGACCUUUUUUCGGUGGAAAAAAUUGUUCUGAAAAACUAACAGAUACGUUGGUGUGUGAAAUAGCGAAGUGUCCCAUAAAUGGCGUUUUUGGACAGUGGUCCACAUGGGGAGAUUGUACAACUACGUGUAAUUUUGGCUAUAAAUACCGAAAUAGAAAAUGUCACGGGCCUUUUUACAAUGGUAAAAAUUGUACAGGGCUUUGGAAUGAGAAAGAAAAAUGUUUUCUGAGACAUUGUCCUAUUAACGGUGUGUUCGAAAAUUGGACAAAUUGGACACUUUGCAGUAGCUCGUGUGGAUCUGGUAUACGUGUGAGAGAACGAAAGUGCAUAGGUCCUUUACAUGGUGGAAGUUUUUGCACUGGUGAAUUAUUUGAGAAAGAAAUCUGUAAUACUGAACCUUGUCCAGUUGACUGUGAGUGGAAGGAAUGGUCAGCGUGGUCAAGCUGUGAUAUUUCUUGUGGUAAAGGAACACAGAAAAGGAAACGUGAGACAAUAAAAGAAAAAUUUGGAGUACCUGGCUUGUGGAUGAAUUGGGGAUCAUGGAGUAGAUGCUCAGAGCCUUGUGGUACAGGCGUAAGCUAUAGACAGAGAAAUUGCAAUAAGACAUCUUUUGGAAGUCUAACCGAUGAAUGUGUCGGUAUUUCAAAGGCAAAUAAAUCAUGCCAUAAUUUUGGUUGCAAACCGUAUCCAAUAUCAUGUGCUGCUUGGAUUGAAAGGGGUUUAACUGACAGUUACGAAGUAUAUAUAGAUAUAGAUGGAGAUGCUAAUAUAGUUUUCGAUUUAGAUCAUGACCACGAAAAUUUAACUAAAGUUGAAGGAUUUGAAGGUGAAGGAGAAUUUGAAGCAACCAUAACCUAUUUAGACAAGGCAGGAAGAGUUAUUAGCUCCAGCUACUUAAAUCGACUUAUUGACUCAUCUAGUCACUGCCGUCAGUUUAUUCAAUGGAAAUGUCGCUCAGCUGGAAUUCAUCAUCCAUUCCAUAAAAAUAGAACAAUAACUUACUGGAAAGGAAGGGAGAACAAAAAACACUUGUAUUUCGGAGGUGCUUCAUAUAAAAGUCAAAACUGCGCCUGCGGAGAGGAUAAAUCCUGUUUAAACGGUACGAAUAAAGAAUUAAGGUGUAACUGCGACGCUAAUGAUUGGAAAUGGAGAGAGGAUUCUGGAUACUUAAGUUAUAAAGAUCAUUUGCCAGUAACAAGUUUUCAAGCUGGUGAUACAGGUACAAAGAUAUUUCUUCAGAAAUGUGUUGUUUGA